CAAAAACUGUUCAGUUUCUUUGUUAUUUAAUAAAAGUGUUUUAAGUGAAGGAAUAACUAGAACGCUCGUGAUUAAAUAUGACAGGGUACUGUCAUUACAAAAUAUCGGCAGGGCACUCUUUUUUAACAGCAGCUGACAAGUUUGCAUUCAAAACAAACUUUAUUGAAGAUUUACGCAUUAAACAAAAAAUAAGUAUUAUAAAUGAAUGCAGUAAUUGCAUUGUGUAAUUUUUGCCAAGCACAUGGACCAUGUCCAAUAUUCUGCACAUUGACGUUACGCUCAAAGCUUGAUGAUUUACAUCUUGACCAACAAAUUAAUAAUAAGCUGUGUGCAGCUUGCAAUUCUUUGGGUCAGUCCAAUGCAUUGUACAGCAAGGAUACCGAAAGCGGUGCUACAUUUUUAAGUACACAGACUGCUGCUCUACCGGAAGUGGCCACACUUGUGAAAUAUGCUGCAAUACAAAGUUUAAGUUCAGAGAUAAAUUGCAACAAGGACGGCGGAUUUGUCUUUUUUGGUGACUCAACUCAGGGCCAUGUCUUAAGUCACACUUUUCAUGUUAGCGAUUUACAAGCGAGAGGAUUUUAUCAACUCUUUUCUAUUAUUAUAUUAAUGAAAGAUAAAUAUUUCUUGCUAAAUACAAAACCUUUUUUAGCUGAACAUUUGCGAAGAAUCUCAUCUGAAAUACAAGCAUCCGCGCACAAAAUAAAAGAAGAUGAAGAAGCUAAAGACUCACCUCGUCAGAGACGUUUAUCUGGUGCACAAUUGCUAGUACAAACGCCAAGAUCUCUUGUUGAACUGACUGGCGAAGAUAAUAUAUACGCAAUAUUACAUUCACAUUUUUCGUGGGUACUCUUAGCUGGUUCGCGGUUUCUAACGGAACAUGUCACAUUCGGCAAUCUACCGUGGUUACCUCCACAAAGUAGUGGUCAACCGCCAAAACAACGAUUAACGUAUAAUAUAACAACUUUACCAAUGAUACAGAAAUUCGAAGAAACCCUUGACGAUCCUGAACAAGAAGAAUUCUAUUCACUGCGUCACAUUAAACAAGUUGUGAGAAAUGAUUUAUUUACUACAGUUUGCUAUUGUGCACUUACAGGGGUUAAGAUUAUAGUACGUGGUUCCCCGGAACGUACUUUUAAUUUUAUGCUUUGUCUAAGAAAAUUAUUACCCGACAAAAUGCACAACUUGAUGCGUAUUGACGCACAGCAUCAGCACUCCAUUAGUUCAGAUUAUAAAAUAAUAUCUGUGUCUAAUGAAAUACCCGUUCCAAUCGCUUGCAGUUCCGUGUUGCGCAUUGACUACUUAGACAAAUCAAUGGAUGGAUUUGAAGUUUCAGUAAAAUGGCCUGGCGAAUUACCUAGUAAAUGGCCCGAUUUAAUGGUUAAACUAAUUAAAGCAGUCAAUGAGACGCGCUUUACAGAGCUGGUAUUAAAUAAACAGACUAAAGUUUUGAUCGAAGAAUGGAAAAAUAAAAUAAUUUGCUUAAACCGUGCAAAGUCAACAACAGGGCAAACUAAACUUAAAAAGGUCCUUGGAAUCCAGCCACAAGAUCAGCCUUUAAUAAAUUAUUGGAGCGCACAUCUUGCUUAAUAUAUAAAUUUUAUAUUUGAAAAUUGUAAAUACAUU